UCCAGUUCCACUGCUCUGGCUGCUUACAGAGUCGGUGACGGAAAGUGUCUUUGCAGCCAGGGGUGUGUGUGUGUUUGAUCCGGCUGUCUCAGGCAACUCUUUCAAACCAACGCACACUCAGGAUGGCGGGGGAGUGUGUUCCCGAGGUUCCAGACCUGGGAGAGAUGGACGAGGAGGAACUGUGGGAACUGAUUAAUGACAACCGACACAGAAUCUCCCUGGGAGUGCGGCCGUGCAUCUUGAUCCCGUACCUAAGGCAGGCCAGGGUGCUCUCUGAGAUGGACGAGGAUGAGAUCCUCUCCUGCCACAACCUGACCAACCGCAGCAUGAGAACCAGCUAUAUGCUGGAUCUGCUGAGGACCCAGGGGAGGAAUGGCGCUGUGGCCUUGCUGGAGAGCCUAAUGAUCCACUACCCAACCUUGUACACCCAAGUCACUGGACGCAAACCCAGCACUGAGCCUUCAAGAUUCAGCGGCCUGAUAAAGUACUCGGAGCUGACAGAGUAUCUGGUCAGAGCAGUAACGGUUAUGCAGAAGGAGCUCCAGGAGGCGCGCUGUGAGGCUGGCAGAAUGAGUGCACGCUGUGCCUCCCUGGAGUCGGAGAUUGGGCAGAUAAUGGAGCAGGAGGAGAAGUCCAGAUGCCUUCAGUCUGAAAAUGAACGCAUAAGGAGACAGUUGUGCUCUUUGCAACAUGAAGUCACCAAGCUGAAGGAUGAGAAGUGUGAGUUGUAUAUGCGCUACACUGCAGCCAUGGAGGAGAAAUCAGCUGUGAACAUGCGCCUCCAUGACCUCAACCUGCAGGUGUAUCAACUGCAGACUGAGCUGCAGAAGGUGCAAACGGAGAAUAAGAUCCAGAAGCAGCACUCGCUCAGGUGUGCUUCCUCUGCUGAGACUCCACAACUGCAGGAGGAAGUCAGGAGUCUGCGCUGCCAGCUGGUGAAGGCGGAAAAGCUGGACCCAGCUCGUCAAGACAUCCUGGCUCAGGAUCUGGCCGAGGCCAUAGACAGCCAGGUGGAGCUUGCGGAACAGCUCAGGUGUUACAGAGAGGAGAAUGAAAAACUGCUCACAGAGAAACAAGGGCUUUUGGAUCAGAAGGAGCUCCUGAGCCUCCAGGUGCAGCAGCUCACCCUGGACUGUAACAUGCACCAGCAGAAGAACACUGUGAUCCAGAACCAGUCGAGAGAGCUGCAGGCGGAGAGAGACCAAGCAUACCUGUCGAGAGACGAGGCCCAGGCCAUGAUCGCCCGCAUCCUGGCCGAGAAGGACACCCUGAGGUGUCAGCUGGUGGAGCUCCAGGAGAAAGUCUUCAGCCUGCAGGGCAAACGUAGCCCCAGAGAUCAACGGCAGAGUUGUGAUGAGAGAGAGGUGGACUGGGAGAGUCCAACAUCCAGUUAUGAACAAUGUUCAAUCCCAACUAGACGUAGACUUUGCCGCAUGGAUGCAGUCAAUCCCAUGUCACUGAGUCCCAGCAGUUCAGAGUGUGAAGAUGCUGCGGCAAGUAGUGUCCGAUCCCACACCGCAGAGCCCCCCAGUGCAGAGUCUCUCCGUAGGAGGAAGGAAUCUCUAUAUACAGACAUCAGCCUGGAAACAGCACUGGCUGAUUCUCUAUUGGAUGACUUUGUGUUUCUCCCCAGUGUGGGAAGUGAAGACAAGCUGACACCAAAACUUUCCUCCAGCAGUGAUGGCCUGUCAAGAACUUCGGCCCCUCCCUUCCUGAUGCGUUCUCGUCCGAGAGCAAUUCGUGUCAACGGCCGUGUUCUCAGCAUCUCCCUCCAGGGGGACGCGCUGCUCAGCCAGCUGGCAGUGAUAGGAGGCAAUAAGACUGGAGUGUUUGUGCACCAGGUGACCGAAGGGAGCGCUGCCCACACUGUCGGCAUCAGCCCUGGGGCACAGAUAGUGGAGGUGAAGUAUGAGCAGAACCAGAAGGCUCUGAGGAUGGUGCUGGAGGAUUCGACUUUAGAGGAAGCUAUGUGGGCUCUUGGCCAGGUCACAGGCCUCUGUCACCUCUCCCUUCGGCCCAGACAAGCUGACUAUGAGAUGCUGCUGCAGCAGCUGCAGAGCAGUGAGACAUCGUCCGGAGACUCCUUCUACGUACGCGUCAACAUGUCCCUCCCUGCUGGCCCCAACGGAACCCUGACCGUGUUCUGCAACGACAUCCUUCAUGUGACUAACACACGACCCACUGGCACUGACGACUCAUGGCACGCCAGCCAAGUUCACCCCUGUCAGCUACUGGACCUCCAGAGCGGAACCCUACCCAACUAUUACAGGGCACAGCGACUUCUGAUUCAAGCAAUUGAAGACAUGAGCUUUCAAACAAAGAAGUCGCUAAAGGCUUGGCGUGUGAUGGCCCAGAAUGAGGAAAAGGCAGUGAGGAUUGUCAGCACCGGGCGCCAGGGCAGGAACCCACUGUGGGUCAGCGUGGAGGAUGAACAGAACAAGAGCACAGACUCAGAUACAUCUGCACCCAAAUGUUGUCUAUCCCUCAUGCCGUACACCCUGGUCACACCCCACUACCCGCCCACCUGCAGGCCUGUCCUGCUGCUGCCCACCAUUCUGGGACGCGUCCUGGACAACAAGCUGGCAGGCUGGCGGGGUUUCCAGCUCUGUGAGCCUGAGGUGCUGAGCUCCACUGAGUAUGCGGCCCGGCUGCAGAAGUCUGAGAUCCUGGAGGACUGUGAGCAGGGACGAGACUGUUACUACACCCUGCAGAGUGUCGAGAAGGUCAUGACGAAGGGGAUCCACUGCGUGCUGCCGCUGGGGCUGGACUGCGUGCGUCGGCUGCACCGAGCCGAGAUCUUCCCAAUUAUCAUCUUCAUCAGCCAGUCUGCGCGGAGUGCACGCAAACUGAGGUCAAAGCUGCAGCUCCCCAGCCGGUGGGAGGAGCAGCUGCUGGCGUGUUCGAGGAGCGAGGAGCCCCUGCUGGACAAGCUGCCGUGUCUGUAUCACAGCGUGGCUGCAGACUCCUGGUGUGACCCCACCUCCCUGAUGACCAACCUGCGCACCAUCAUCUGGGGGGAGCAGAAGAAGAUCGUCUGGGUGGAGCCUGACCUGUUUUGAAGAAGAGGAUGAAGGGGUUUUUGUUAAUAUGAUAAAAUGUUACAUAUUAAAGGAGUAUAAACAAGCUUUACAAGAAAUACUUUUGUAAACAUGAGUACGUAUCUAUGAUACUUUUUAGUAACUGGGUGACCGAAGCAUUCACAUAUUGUGCUAUAUACUUUAUUAGCAUACGAAGCUGUAUCACUAUUUACUGUAACCAGAAACAUGUUCUACAUUGAGGCUUCCCUCUCUGGUUGUCCUCUUCUUUUUUAUGGUGCAUCGUUAAACAAUCUUUAUUUUAUGAUUUAUCUGUUGUCUUUUCAACAACUAUUCAUGACAUCCCUCCAAGUUGCAGCGGAGUUCGUAGGCAGAUUCUGUAAUUUGCUUAAUAAUUUCUGGUUCCAAUGUAUCUCACUGUCCACAUUAAUAAAAAUGUAGCAGUA